AUGACUCAGAAAUGGCUCAAAUUAGAACUAGAUAAAUUGUGUGGUGGUUCAGAAUGUAGAUGUGAUAAAAAACCACAUAAUCUUGGUAUUACUGUCACUAAGGAAACUAACAAUCCUGCAAGAGGUUAUGAUAAGCACAUUCAUAAGUCAAAGAAAGGUACAUUUACUCUUAGAAGUGUUUGGAAUAAUGGAGAAUUGAUUUUUAAUAAAGGUCUGGAAAAAAUUCCCAGCGUUACAGAAGUCUCUGUUUACUAUGGUGGACCGGACUUAGAUAUACCAUUUGUCAUAGAAAUCGAUAAGAGUGAAGGAAAACAAUACUCCUACAAUGAAAACCCUAAAGCUGGAUUGGGAAAUACGGUAUGGACUCAAAAGGAUGACCUAAGUAAACCCGAAAGGCUUAAGGAGAAACUAGAGGAACUAAGCUGCAGAUCUACCGGAGCACUUAUUUUAGAUAUCUACAAAAAUACAUCUAGACAAUAUCAUUGCCGAGUUAGUGUUCGUCCAAGUAGAAAGAUAUAUGAUGGUGAUAUAUACGAAUUUAUCCAGAAGCCACAUGGCGGGAGAUUUGACAUACAAUCCGUCAGAUAUAAUGGCAAGGACAUAGAAAUACCUAUUCCUCCAGAUGGUGUUCUAGAAAUAUCCACAUUUUACUGGAAACAUCAUCUAGGAAAACCACUAGUGGUCAAGGUUUUAGAUACUAGAAAUCAGCCCACAUAUUAUUUCAAUGAUGGCAGAGUUGGUUUGCAAUGGGAUAAAAGAGAUAAAGACAAAAUUGGUGAAUUGAAUAACGCCAUAGUGGAGCAUAACUGUACACGUAAUAGAACGACCACAAUUGAUAUAUCCAAUAGAUCUCAUGAUAAAAAAUACUGUUGUACUAAAGAUUGUGAGAAUAAGAGGAUAAAGGUUACAACACAAUCAUCAGAUGUAUAUAAAGGAUUUUCCAUAUACGAACAUGCUUCAGAUGAUAAACUCCCAUUCACUAUUGGUAGAAUUGUGAAAGGUGGCGAGAAGCAAAAGGGCAUUAUGUUUCCUAUUAGAAGUGCUUAUAAGGUUACUGCUUACUAUGCCACAAGCUGUAAGGAGCAACCUAUUUUUCUGGAAAUUUUGUAUGCUAAGGAUGGAUAUAAAGACUAUCAGUGGUAUCAAAGGAUCACCCAGAAUGGUUGGGAUUUGCUUGAGAUUCCUGAGACUGAAGACCAAAUUAACAAUGAUUUGAGAGAGAACUUUCGCAAGGUAGCUAAAUUACUCAGUGAUAACAAAUGUAACCCAGAUAAACUUCCUAAUGAUAAUACAAAAAUUUUCAGAGAAUACCCAGAACCAAAAAGUCAAUUAGUUUCUCCAGAUAAAGUCUUUGAGUAUCUAGAGGGAGAGGUCAAAAGGGACAAAUUUAUACCUCCACUGGGACUUAAAGAAGAAAUAGAAGAAGACCGGGCUAGGGAACAAGCUAGCCUUGAGAAAACGCAAUAUACUCCUACUCUUGAGACAUUGGAUCAACUUCAUGAUGAUCCUAAUAAGAUCCAUAUAACUCCUGCUAAAGUUAUACCAAAGAUAGUGAAAGUUGUAAAAGAAGUUCAACAGACACUAAGUAUAGUUUUCCCUUCAUCUGAUGUUAUAAUAAACAUAAAGCAGGAUGCACAUGUUGGAUCUACUACAUAUCCUAGAAGCCCCGAAGGAUCUGUUCAACUAACUAGGGAAGAAAAUAAUCCUCCAGGAUUCUUAAAGUUCACACAUAAGCCACCAAGUGGAGGUUCUUUCACUGUAAAACAAGUUGUAUUUGGAGAAGAGAAAAAUGAUAUAACGGUUGAUUUGGGAAUUAGCCCUGGUAAUGACAUUCAACAUUUAUCAGUAUGGUAUUGGCAACAUGGUAGCAGAAUGGAAAAACCCCUUUUAGUGGAGGUCCUUAAAGAAAAUAAAUAUCAUUACUAUUCCAACAAAAGCGAUGGAACUCAAUGGAAUCCGAUUGUCAACAUUCCUACAUCUAAACUCACCGGCGAAGACAUUGAGAAGGAACUGGACGAACAAAACUGUAAACUCAACAAUGCGGUUACUAUGGAUCUUACUGAGUCUAGGAAAAGUGGAGAGUCAUAUUGUUGUAAUAAGAUUUCUAUUCACCAUAGUUCAGUUAAAGUUUUAACCAAGUCUAAUGUUAGACAUAACUAUUCAACGAUUGACUACUAUAAACACUCCAUUCCUGGUGAUGGCAAGAUUCAACUCGCGAAAAUAAAGUAUUAUCUUAAUAGUGAUGGAGAGAAAAGAGAUAGAAAGCGUGUAGUUGCAAAUGGAUUGACAUUUCCUAUUACCGGACCUAUAGAUGUUUAUGCAUUCUACUGCGGGAACAAUCCAGCACUAAUAUACAUUGAUGCAGCAAAAGGAACAAAUUCUCAAGCUACUGGAUGGUAUAAGAAAGGAACUCAGGGUGUUUCUUGGACUAAGGUAAUCAAGGGUCUCGACGAUGUAACACCGGAUAAUGCAAGAGGAUGUGAUAAAUUUAGUAAACUCUUUAAGGUACUCGAAGGAUUACAAUGUGCAAACUUGAUAGGCUGUUUGAUGAGUACUGGGGCAUCUAUAACAGCAACCACUACAUUUGUAGUCCCCGUAUCUAAACCUCAACCAGAAGUAACCAUUAAGCUCGAGUAUAAACCAGAUAUAAGAUCUUUGAAUACUAUCCUUUAUCCAGAUGUUGAAAGUAAUAAGACUAUUAAAGUCACAAAAUCUCUCUAUCCUCCUAUCCUUCCUGCUGGAGUUACUCGGGAUUUUCUCAAGUAUACUCAUGAGGAUUCUCUGCAUGCACCAUUCAAACUACUGGCAGUUCAGGAUGUUAAUAGUACUCCUAUUCAAGUAAUUCCUCAGAAAGAUGGUGUUACCUCAGUUUCUGCUUAUUACUGGACUGAUAAUACUAGGAAGGCUCUACUGGUUGAAAUACAGGACAGUAAUGGAAGUAAGACAUACUAUAGAAACAGUAAAGGUGAUGUAUGGCGUGAAUAUAAUAGAUCUGGAAAAGGACCUACCCAAGCUGAGUUAGACUUACUCAAUUGUGAGAUCAACGAUGUUGUUCAAAUAGAUGUUACUAGGACGGGAGGACCAUAUUGUCAUGAUGAUAAAAGUCCUCUAAGUCCUCAUAAGGAGAAAAAAGUAAAGGUUAGUGAGGUACUCUAUUCCAGUAAUCUUGGAAACUAUACUGCUUAUGAACAUAUUCCAACAGAAGGAAGAAAUUUUAAUAUAUCUGGUUUCAUUAAGGGAGGAGAAACUAUAAAACUACAAGGUCUGUACCUACCUGUUAUGAAAGCCAAGAAAGUAAUUGUCUAUUUUUGCAAGAGUGAAGUUUGUACCGGUAUUACUGCAUACAAUCCUCUUCUCAUUUAUUUACCUCAAGCUACUGGAGAUAAGUGGUUUAAGAAACCUGACAGUGAUACUGAAUGGAUGCAUGUUCCCAGCUUGAAGGGUUAUAGUGAAUCUAACUAUCAAGAUAUAGUUGACUUUUUGGACACCAUCCAGAGUGAUUGUAAACCCCCUCUUGUGACUAUCAACAUUUAUAACAGAACUUCAGGGAAUACAUACGCAUAUGGAGAUGAUUCUGACAGGUGGAUUACUGUAGAUGGCGGUGAAUCUGUUAGUGUAUCUGAUUUUACUCAGUACAAACACAUUGUCUAUGGCAAGAAGUACUUCACAGCUAAAGAGUUCAAAUAUGGAGGUGAAAAGACUAAAAAUAUACCAGGAACUUCUAAGGUGACUACUGUAUCAGUCUUCUACUGGACUCCCUUGGAAGAUCCUACUAGGAAGGGUCCUCCAGAUAAGAGAGGUAGACCUUUACUCGUCAAAAUUACUACCCAAGGAUCUGGUUCACAAGAGGCCACAGAAACUUGCUAUGAGAAUACUGGCACAGGAACUACCGACAAUACUAAUUGGAAAAUUUCUGACAUAUCCUCUGGUCAACUUGAGAUGAAGCUUAAUCUUCUAAAUUGCAAGCUCAACAGUGUAAUUACGAUAGAUCUGUCCUAUGAUGUAUCUAAAAGAAAAGGUAACUGGUACUGUUGCACUUACCAUAAUGGAACUAGUGCAAAGAAAAUAUACGCCAGAGAGGUACAAGUUUCCUGCAAAACGCAUCCUGAAUCAAGUCCCAUUAAAGCUUAUAGACACUUCAUUAGAGCUCAAACCACAGUGGCAGGCAUAAAAUACAACGAAGGUGCUAGAGUGAAGAUGAUAAAGUUAGGAGAUAAAUCAUUUCUUCUUACUAAUGUAGAAGUCGUAUGUGCACUCUAUUGCAAAGAUGGUACUCCAGUAUUUGUAUAUAUCGAAGGUGGUAUUUCUACUGUUAGGGAUAAGUGGCUGGUUAGGAAUGUUGAUACAGAUGAGUGGAUAGAGGCCUCCAGUGCUCUCAAAACUGUAAAACCAAAUGAAUUUACGAGUCCUAUUGAAUGUGAGAAAUAUAACCAACUUGUGAAAGCACUAAGGAGUGCUGGGUGUGGUAUAACUCCUUGUCCUGAAGAAAAACCUGCUUCUAAACCUGAUGCUGUCUCAUCUAACCUAGCUAGUACUCCUGUUGCUACUGCUGAUUCUCAAGUUGAAUCUGGACCUCAAGAACCUACUUCUGAAGCUACUGCUUCUAGUCUACCUGCUAAAGAAGCUGAAGCUUUUAUUGCUGAAACUGUUGCUACCGGUUCUGUACUAUGGACAGCAUUUGGAACAUCCUCUGCUACUCUUACAGGAGCUGGUGGCCUUACCGGAUUUGGCUUAUGGAUGUUUAAACGUUCUAAAGGAGAUCCUUGGGUUAGACAGAUUUGA